AUGAACAUGCAAUGGUCCAAUAGAUUCAUUUUCGAGACUUUCAUAGAAUUCAGCAUUAGUUGGAUUGUUUUCAGCUUCAGCUAUGCUCACACAAUCUGUAAAGUCUGUUAUAUUUGGCUUGGAAACACAAUAUGUAUUACCUUCCUUCAUCCAAUAAGAAUUCCAACACUGAAGUGUCAAUUCAUUAUGUCUAUUCCAAUCCUUGAAUUCCUCCAUGGUGAUAUUAUAAAUUUCACAAAUUUCUUCACAGGUGAUAUAAUCUUUUUCAAGUGUAUACGAAUCACAGAAGUAUUCAGGAUGUUCAAAGAUACAAAUUGGAUAUGCCCCACAAUCACUAUAAUCAGGUUGACUUAUACAGAUCUGAUCACCUUCUGUAAACAUACUACAAUAGUAGUUGUCCAGGUAGCUCAGGUAUUCACUAAUGGGCCAAUUGUAAUCCACUAA